UCCCAAAAGAAACAAAGCAGAAAGAAGAGAGGGCUAGGGAGAGAGAUGGAGCUCAAUGAACAUAGUUUCUUAGAGGAGCUAUUAGCUUUUAGAAGAGAUAGUUCAUGGGAGACGAUUCUCCCAGAAAUAAAUGAGUUCUUGUCCAGUAGCACCAGCUGGAGUAGUUUUGAUUACUUCAACAAUCAAAUCCCAUCACCAUUUUUUCUAAACUCUUCUUCCAGCCAAGAAUUCUCACCUCCAUUUGAGCCAAACUUGAACAACUAUCAUAACAGCAUUACCUGCUUCAAUGAAGGGUACUACCCCUUGGGCAUUGAUGCUAAUCAUGAACUGCUGUCAGCUCCACAGGUCACCACGGAUUCUUCUUACAACACACUCGGUGAUACACCGCCGUUUCCUGUUCAGGAAGACAGCAAUCCAUGGUCCAUGUUCGAACAAGAAGAGCUGAGCAUACUUGGAGAUGAAAUACACAACUUGGAGACUCAAGCUGCUGCUUGUAAAGUAGAGCAAACUCAGUCCUCCUCCUCCCCUGAAGCAGCUCAAGUGUUCAACAUGGGUAUGCGUGUAGAAAGAAAUAGCAGAGCUAGUAAGAAGUUGCAGGGGCAGCCAUCAAAGAAUCUAAUGGCUGAGAGAAGAAGAAGAAAGCGGUUAAAUGACCGCCUUUCGAUGCUAAGAUCAAUUGUUCCUAAGAUAAGUAAGAUGGACAGAACAUCGAUACUUGGAGACACCAUUGAUUACAUGAAAGAACUCCUGGACAAAAUCAACAACUUGCAGCAUGAAACAGAAGAAGAGGGUUCAGAUCAGUUGAAUGUGAUGAGACUUUUCAAGGAUAAGAAACCAAAUGAAAUGCUAGUGAGGAACUCACCCAAGUUUGAUGUUCAAAGGAGGAAUGUGGACACAAGGAUAGAGAUUUGCUGUGCAGGAAAGCCAGGGUUAUUGUUAUCUACAGUUACUACCUUGGAAGCAUUAGGCCUUGAGAUUCAACAGUGUGUUAUUAGCUGCUUUAAUGAUUUUGCAAUGCAAGCUUCUUGUUCAGAGGGUUUGGAUCAGGGAACACUUGUAACUUCUGAGGACAUGAAGCAAGCUCUGUUUAGAAAUGCAGGGUAUGGAGGAAGGUGUUUGUAAUUGACCAUCUAGUUACCCUAAA